AUGCAGGCGACUCGAUCCAAAUCAAUCAGAGGCCUACUGGCCUUCGCCUUGCUAGCCUGCCUGGCCAUCACCCUCACCCAAUCCAGGCAAUUACCCGGUGACCGACACGAAACCACCGGCGACCAACAACUCGAGACCGCCGGGCACUCUACCGACCUGGAGGCGGCCGCCUCCGGUCACGGCCACCACUGGAAGAAGGGCGGCGGGCACGAACACCACGAGGACCAUCACGCCGCCCACGGCGAAAAGGGCGACAAAGGCUACAAGGGUCACCAUCACCACGAGAAAGGCUCCAAAGGUCACCACGAUAAAGAGGGCCACAAGAAACACUACGGCGAGCACGGGGGCCACAAGAAGCACCAUCACCACGACGACGGCUACCACGCGGAGCACCACAAGGGCGAGAAGGGCGAAAAGGGUCACAAGUACGGCGAAAAGGGUUCCUACAAAAAGGGCCACAGCACGAAAGGCGGCCAUGACGUGCACAAAUUGGACGAGUACAAGAAAGAGAAGCACUUCUUCGACGAAGACCACGACGCCGGACAUCACGAGAAGCACGGCGGAUACCAUCACGAGGGCGGCUACAAGAAGGGCGGGCACAAGAAGGGAGGUCACAAGAAAGGCGGUCACCACGAGGACCAUUACGGGAAGAAGGGCAGCCACGAGAAGGGCGGGCACCAUCACGAGGAGGCCGGACACAAGAAGGCCGGCGGGCACGAGGAUCACUAUCAUCACGGAUCGAAGUACGGCAAGAAGGGCGGGCACGAGGAUCACAAGAAAUGGGGAUACAAGAAGGGCCAUUGA